GGCUUGGAGGCUGCAGGCAUGAGGGUGGGAGCCGCAGCCUUGGCAGGGGGGGUUUUCGGGGUGAUUGGGACCCUGUGCUUCUUCCUGGCCUUCGGGACAGACUACUGGCUUCUGGCCAGUGACAACUGUGGACCAUAUACAUGGCCGACGGAAACAACGACUGCAGUGGGAAACGGAACCAACGCGACUGAGAUCCCGCCGGCGGAGGCCGUCAGCGAGGCCCCCCCGGGCCUCAUCCUGCACCACGAGGGCUUCUUCUGGCGCUGUGUGUUCCAGGUGGAGCCCUCCACCCACGCGCUCCUGGCCACGCUCCUCGUAAACCAGCCAGACUCCAAAGUGUGUAUCCAUGGUUACCUCUUCCCGCUUCCUGUUGCACUGGGACAAGUCCCUCAUCCAAAUUAUGAUGCUACAGCAGUGUUUCGGGGUUUCUGGACCGUGCUGGUGAUCCUGGGCUUGGCCUCGGCUCUGGCUGGAGGCUUCCUCCUGGUCUGCGGCGUCCCCUUCAUCAGCCACAAGCUCUACAGGCUGGGCGGGGCCCUCCUCAUCACGGCUGCCUGCCUGUUCCUGCUGGUGCUCCUGCUCUACGUCCUGUGGAUGGAGGUGGUGGACGUGAAGCGCUACGUCCUGCAGGAGCGGGGCGACACGUGUCCGGGCGCCCAGGUGUCGGUGCUCUACGGCCUGUCCUUCAUGGCGGCGGCGGCCGGCGUGCCGCUGGAGCUCGUCUCCGGCCUGGUGUUCCUGCUGGCUGGGCGAGCGCUGCGUGGCAGCAAGUGA